AUGAAACCUUUCAAACUUAAUCUUUCGCAAAACAGAAAACAACGAAUCAACCUAAUGGUGCAUUCGAAACGUGAGAUCUUAGAACAAUAUAGUACAUUUCUUGAACGUAAUAUCGUCCUAACCGAUGGCUUAUUGCAAUGGAUAAAAGACGAAAAAAUGCUUUCUAAUCGUGUUCUUACUAAUAUUCAAGCGAUAUCUUCGUCAAUUGAAAAGAAUAGAAUAUUUCUGUCGAAUAUAUCCGAUUAUGGCGAUGCGGGCUUUACGAAAUUAGUCGAAGGAUUGAUUGCAAACGGUCAACCAUUCAUUGGCGAGCUGUUAGAAAACGAAGAUAAAAAAGCAUCGGAAUCGACCGAUGAUGAUAUUUCGAAAAAAGUGAAAAUCGAUGACGAGAUGUUAAAACAAUGUCCAGGUGUUGAUAAAUUACGCGCAGAUACAAGAGACAAACUUAAGACAUAUCUUCAGGAACAAUUAUUCCGAGCUUAUAUACGUGACAAAUGGAGUAAUCAAAAUCAGGGCAAAUCAGUGGAAAUGAUCAAUCUGAAAAGACAGCAUUAUGAAAAACAACGGCGAUUAUCGAUUUCGGUCGAAGGAGAUAAACAAAUCAUUAUCAAUUUAAGAGAAGCACUCCGUGACGAACAAAUUGCUCGCCAAGAGAAAGAAGAUGAAGUAAAAGAUCUUCGAAACGAAAUUGCGCGAUUGAAGGUCGAUAUCGAACAAAAAUGGUCGAGUCAAAUCAAAAUGGUCGAUGCGAAUACUCGAACAGUUUUCAAAAUGCACGACAAAAUGGUUAUGCUAGCUGAUUGGCUUUCUUCAUUAGAUGAAAUUCUCGGGACGAAUAUAAAUGGAAGUGGAAUCGAUUCGGAUACAUUGGAUCACUUAGAAAACAAACUCAAGCGAUACAGAUCAGAAAUUGAAUCACUUCGUAAACGAGGAAUCGGUACGGAUAAACUGAAAGAGGAACUGUACGAUGCUAUUUACAGUAGUCGAUCUUUAUCAAUCGAAGAUCGAAACAAUAAAUCGUUCUACGAACUUCUCCUCCGUCUCUACGGAUUGAACCAGGUGACUGAGCUAGCCAAAAUCUGUGUGAAAGAUGUUUUACAGUUGAAGCAAGAUCGUGAAUAUGUCCAUGACAUCAAAUGGCGAGAUGAAAAAAUCGAUCGACUUACUCGUGAGAACGAAGAAUUGACGAUCGAAAAUGAGCAACUCAGAUCGACAAUUGAUUCAACGAAAAAAGUACCGUGGCGUCCUGCAAAUUCCUCGAAUCCGAUCGAAAAACGUGACCUAGGCCGACACCGAGACGUACUCAAACCAUCCAAUGUUCAGCUCGGAGCAAAACCUGGAAGCAACAAUCUACGAAACAAUUCAAGUGCAUUUCUUCGACAUCAAUCCAGCCUUCGACUUAUAAAUCCAACGAUCAUGAAUUCAACAACUCUCUUCGCCGGUGUUCUCAGUUGUGUUUUACUCAUGUUAGCUCUCACUCAUUCAUUCGCAUUAUCAGACCAGACAUCCGAUGGCGAACAACACCACCUACUCUUCGAACAAUCACCGAUUCUUUUACCGAAUAAAUUGAUUUCAAUUUAUCAAGAUGAUAGUGCCAGCAAUGAAGAUUCCAGUGUUCAUGAAUUCGAAAAGCGCCGAUUCAACGCCUGGGCCGGUAAACGCAGUACAUUCGGCAAACGACGUUUCAAUGCGUGGGCUGGUCGACGAUAG